AUGUCCGCCACUAGGAUAUAUUCCAACACCUCUGUUCAAUUUCAUUCCGCCACUAAGACUGUGUCCGACAAUGAAGAUCUGUCCGCUACCGGGACCAUUUCUGACGAUGAAGAGCUGUCCGCUACUGAGACUGCUGUCGACGAAGAGCCUAUUGACGAAGAGACCGUUGCUGACGAAGAGACUGUUGUGGACGACGAGAAUGUUAUUGACGAAGAGACUGUUGUUGACAAGGAAAGUGCUGAUGAGGAAGAGAUUGUCGAUGAGCAAGAGAUUGUCGAUGAGGAAGAGAAUGUCGAUGAGGAAGAGACUGUUGUUGACGAAGAGAGUGUUGUUGACGAAGAGACUGCUGUCGGUGACGAAGAUCUGUCCGCCGCCGAGACUGGAUCUGGCGACGAAUCCCUAUCCGCCACUGAGACUGUUUCUGACUCUUCUGAUGCAUCUCGGUCCACCGGUGCGGCUGCCUCUAGCGAAGUGGCCCGCAAAUCUAAGCGUAAUCUCAAUCGAAGCCCACCAAAAGAUGCUCAGGACCCAGCCCUCUUUCUUCAUCUCAUCGAGGCAGAAGCAAACAGAUCAACUCUCUUCAACCUGAACCACGUAAUCGAUCAAUUGGCAGCCAAAAACGGCGUUAACUUGUCCAAAACACCAGCGGAGGGUAUACCACCUGCUCCCGGCCUCUCGUCAACAGCUCCCACCAAGGCAGACAAACAAGCAAGGCGAGCCCGGGGACGUUGGGCACAGCUCGCCCAGGACAAGGGCCUCAAAGCAUACGAAGAAGCUUGGAGCGGAUACGUAAAGACUCUGACCAAGGCUGUCAACAAGGUUGAUGUAGCCAAACAGCCCAAGCUUUGUCCGGCGAUCAUCAGCUCCGUGAUCGACACUUGCAAGCGAGGCGUCCGUACGCAGGUAGCAUACUGCAAGAAAGCAGUGAGAGACAGGGCUGCCCAAUGCAAGAUCGAUGUCGACCGCUCCGUCAAAAAGUGCAAGAAAAAAUAUCCGAUUGUCGCGUCGCUUUGCGACAUUGGAAAACUUAAAAAACCGACCACGUGUGAAGGAAUACGCAUCGACCUACCAUUUUGCGAGGUCGACAGACUGACCGCCACAUGCUGCGAAGGCGCUCGAGAGCCGGCAAAGGCUGUGUGUUCCGUUGGAUUAUCGACUGCAGAGAUUCAGAAGCAAGUCCAGUCCGUCCAGGCGAAAUGCUCCAUUGGGACAGGCCUGAUUAAAGCAGCUAUGAAGUCGUACCUCUCUGGCCAGGCCCUUGGAUUCAUCACCCAACUGCAGUCUAUAAAAGAGAUUGGAGAUACCGUGCAGAUUAUCAAAGAUGUCGACAGCAAGCGCAAGCAGUAUGCCGAGUGGGCAGAUGGUCUGACCGCGUUAGCGCAGGGCAGAGGCGAGGACGCCAAGAAAUUGUUGGGCUCACUGGCUUCUGAGAUUGCGCCUGCUGUUAGUAAGGGGGUCGAGUGGGCAGAGGCUGCGCAAGCGGUGGUCGAGAAGAAUGUCGAUGGCUUCCUGGCUAAGGUCGCCAGUGCUGCGGGCGAGAUCGAGUCGGUCAAGUCGGCGUUAAAGAAUAUCGAGACUCUGAAGACCGUCGCCAACGACAUGACAGCCAUCCAAGCCGCAGCGAAGAAGUGCGUCACGGUACCCGGCCGCAUCAUGCCUGAAAAAUACCUGGGUUGGCAGAACGUGACAUCGGCGAAGGAGGUUGACGCCGCUGUGGCAAAGUACAAGAAGUCUUUCGCCGUACCAUUGUAUGCUGCCGCAGAGUGCCAAGCGGUUGUCAUAAGAGCUGGCCGGGUACUCAACAUUAAGUAG